AACUAGUUUUGUCCAAACGUUAAGACGUGAUACUGCGUUUCAAUAACAUUGUCAUCGCGUACGAUUCGUAAUUUAAUUUUUGAGUUACAAAUAAUCAUUUUAGUAAUUUUAUUAAAUUUCUUCGUUCUGAAACAGUAUUUUUAAUUAUUAAUUGUUGAUAAUAAUUAUGAAAUUACACAUAUUAACUGGAUUUUUGUAUAUACUACUUCUUAUAACAUACAGUAGUGGCCGCAAAAGUGGUAGUUCUAAUCGCUCUAGCUCAAGUUCAGGUUCCCGCUACUUGCAAUCUAGAACAACAUCAAAACCGCGUCAACAAUCAGCGCGUACAAGUCCAGGAACGUACGGCUGGAAUGUUCCACCAAAACAAUCGCAACCCGUAAACUCAAAACCAUCAGCGCCCUCAGAAACAAUCUCAAAAACCAGUGCCACGAACGUGCAAUCCAGUUGGAAGCCAUCUGGUGGCUAUAACUCACAAACAGGAACGCCAUACGCCAAUUCAGGACACACUACCGGACAACGUAACCCGAACCAAGGUUACAACCCAUCAGUAGGUUCAAAUCAACACACUCCUUACCAAAGUACCCACUACAAUCCUAGUCACAGUCAACAGAGUCCUGGAGGUUACAACGGAUAUAAUUCCCCUGGUUAUAAUCCAUCUUCAGGAUACAAUCCAUCGUACAAUCAGCCUCACCAGCCAUACAAUCCGUACAAUCCAUCCUACGGGCACUCAUACACUCCAGGAGCUAGGUACAAUCCACCAGUUGGUCAUGCUCCUCAAACAAUAUUGGUUCAAUCUGCUGGGCAGCCUUACAAACCAGGAAUCGGUCAGUUAGCUAAAGAAGCAUUCGUAUUUGCUGGGGUAAGUGCUGGUGUCAACGCAGUAGCAAAUAGAAUCAUUCCUGGUGGAAUUUACGGUGGUCAUGGACAUUCCGGAUAUUCUGGAACCGCUGGAAACCCAGCUGUUCCAGCUGUCACGCAUACACAAAUAACCUACAACAAUUACUACAACAAUGGCACUGCUCCUGAAGGACAAGGUUCUGCUUCAGUUCCAGGAGCUGCAGCACCAGCUCAAGCCCCGGCUGUAGCAGCUCCAGCUCAAACUCCAGUUGAAGCAGCUCCAGCUCCACCUCCAGUGACACCAAUCGAAUCAAAUCCAAAUCCUCAGAAUAAUUCUAGUGCUCCAGCCGCAAAUUCUGCGAAUACACCUCCGAAGAAUGAAGAUGAAAUGUUUCCAAGUCCCAAUGGUAAUAUAAUCACUAAAAAUGAAAUAGAAAAAUUAACCGAGGAAUUGUUUGCUAUGAAUAAAAAUAAUGUGUUCAAAUUUAUUACCAUGAAUCUGCAGGGACAAAAGAUGGAUGACAGUACGAAAGAUGACGCUAGUGAGCCUCUUUUGACUGUUAAAAGUGAAGCUUAUGAAAUACCAACUGUUAAAGCCACUAUUGCACUUCACGAUAAUUAUGAAUUGGAUAUUAAAACAAAAGAAGAUGUUACUUCAGAAGAAAGAAAAGAAGAAAGUCACUUUAUUGAUUCUAUUCUUGAAACAGAUAUUAUGAAAACGUUGAUGAAAUUUUUAGCAGAUAAAGGUUAUGUUCUAAACGAUGAAUACGAAUUUAAAGAUACUUUGAAGAGAAUUUGGUUUUCACAGUUUAAAAGAAUUGACGGAGAACCUGGCAGCUCUGGGUUUGAAACAAUAUUUUUGGCGGAGAAGUUUGACUCAGAAAUUAUUGGUAUGCACAAUUGGAUUUAUUAUGCUAAGCGGGAAGAAGACAAAAAGUUGAACUAUCUUGGAUAUAUUAAACAGACUACACUUGGAGAUAAAGGAGCAAUCAUUAAAUUACGAUCCAGUUUAGAAGAUAUUGUUCAGCCCGUGACAACUAUAUUCGUCGGUACAUCACCAGAGUUGGAAAUUGCUCUCUACACAAUGUGCUUUUACACGCGUCCUAAUUAUGCCUGUCCAAUCAAACUAGCUAAUCAAAAUUUCAUAAUAAUCGCUAACCGAGUUAAUUACUUCGGUAAAGAUAUCAUGGUAUCCGCCUACCCAGAAAUUUAAAUUAACUUAUUCAAAUCUAUUAAUUAAGCCCUCAUAUUUUUUUUAUAAUCAAUAUUAUUUUAGAAAAAAAAUACUUUAUAGUCAUGUAUUUUAUAUUAUCGUAUUACAAAGUAUUAUUGUAGAACUAUAUUGAGAUUUAUAAUAAUCGAUUUGUAUAUUUUAUUAUUUAGUACUGUUAUAGAAAUGUUAUUUGUUGAAUGUUAAUAGUGGAAUUAUUGCUGGUCUGCCGUGUGCACAACGAUUCGGUAGAUCUGUUUGUAUCCAAUAAUUCAAUAAAUCAUUGCAUUGAUUUAUA